GCGAGACAGGACGGGUCAGAGGAGAUUAGACCGAAAUGGGCCGGCCAUAUGUGGAGGACGGGUUGACUCAUUCAACAGAACGAAAACGACUUUCAAGCGUUGUGAAUGUUGCUGCCGUGUCCCGACGCAUUUGAUCUUAGUGAUGGCCACUGGCCAGGUGACAAGCUUGGAAGCAGUGAUGUAAUACGCGACGAGUCUUCUUCGAAUCCACCAUAUCCACAUUCCGUCCCCUACCCGUCUCUCGUCCCCGUCCCAGGUCUCAAUCAAAGAUAGCCAGAACGAGGCUACUCCCCAUCAUUCUCUCUCAGGACGAGGCACUGAGCGACGAAGAUGAAACACCUCUCCAUUAAAGAUGCCAUACUGCCUCAACCGCCCUCAUUCUACAAGAAGAAGCAUUACGAGGUUCACGAGGUCCUUGGGAACGGUACAUUCGGGAAAGUAGUCCACGCGACCUGGCAUGUCCCCCUCGAGCAAGCUGCAAUCGCAGAGGGUGGUGCUGCACUUACGGAUGAAUCGCUGGACUUAUCAAGGAGUCGCUCAUUCACUGGCAAGAUUACCGCUUCGCGAUCGCCAUCUCCUUUGGCGACCCCGAGCGAUAUCAAGAAGGAAGUCGCGCUCAAGUUGAUUCCGAAGAAGAAGGUCAAGGGCAAUGAGGAAAGCGUCUGGGGAGAAAUGGAGGUAUUGAAAGGACUGAAUCAUCCCAAUGUCGUCAAAUUCUACGAGUGGUUCGAAUCGAGAACGAAGUAUUAUCUAUCCUUCGAGUUGGCUGUGGGCGGAGAACUCUUCUACCGCAUUCAAGAGAAAGGGAAAUUUACGGAAAAGGAUGCCGUAUCUGUGGUCACAUCCAUCUUGUCCGGUGUGCAGUACCUGCACUCGCACGACAUCGUCCACCGAGACCUCAAACCUGAGAACAUUCUCUAUCGCACUAAGGAACCUGACAGUGACAUCGUGAUUGCGGACUUCGGAAUUGCUAAACACCUACAUGCUGAGGAUGAGCAAUUGACCUCACUGGCCGGAAGUCCAGGAUACGUCGCUCCGGAAGUACUGAAGAAGACCGGACAUGGUAAGGCGGUCGACAUCUGGGGAGCUGGUGUUAUCACCUACGUCCUUUUAUGUGGCUACUCGCCUUUCCGUGGCGAGGAUCCCAACACUCUCAUGAAGGAAACGAUGGAAGGACGAAUCGAGUUUCAUGCCAAAUAUUGGAAGAAAAUAUCUGAGGAAGCUAAAGCAUUUGUUCGUCGUUUGCUGAUUGUUGAUCCUGGUGCCCGACCGACGGCAGCAGAGGCCCUGGAGGAUCCUUGGCUGACGACCCACGACGCAUCGACUGAACACGAUCUUGCAGCUGGUCUGCGGGAGAACUUCGAUGCACGUGCUCGGUGGCGAACUGCGAUCGGGGGUGUUCGGGCAUUGGGGCGGCUGAAGCGCGGCGGCUCUUCCGCCAGCAGUAGCGUCACCACAGGGGGGUGGGCAGGAAUCAGCGAUGACGACGAAGAUGAGCAUGAGGAGGGACAGGACCAAACACUGCGCUCUGGGGAACCUGGCAAGAACGUCAAUGUCCAGGUCACACCAGCACCGACAGAUGGUCACCCGGAAUCCUCACCCGCGGUAGAAACGAAGGAACCGGAAUCCAACCUUCACGAGACGAAGAAGGCUCCUGGCGGCGACGAUGAACUUCAGAUGCCGGGAUCCUUUGACCUUUCCGGCCCAGUCACCACCGGUGGCAGCUGGGCAGAAGCUUUGAGAAAGCUGGUGUUGUCGCCACCUGCUGCCCCGAGUUGAGGAUGUGACUGGCCGCUAUGUAUCUGUAUCAUAUGUAACUUCAGUUAUUAGUUAACAUCUGGGAUGUCGUGAUCGCGUGAUAGCCGCCGCGCUCAACUUCAAGUUCAAAGAGCGCAUUGUUCUUAAUUCCCAUAAUAGGCUCAUAUUAAAUAAC